UUACGUCAUGGACUGAGGCACCGUAUGCCCAGCACCGUGCACUUGGCAUGAAGAUCAUCACCGGCAUCAUUACCUUUGCUGUGCAGCUCCUCCCACAAUUUGAGGACAGUGAGCCCCAACCCCAAUGUCCUGGUCUCCUGCCAUUGCCAGGGUCCUCCUGGGAGAGUGGGGUCAGAGCUGGAAAAGGAGCUUCAGUCCAGGGCCUCUGCUUUGGCCUGAGUAGUGCCCCUGGCUCUUUAUGGGUCUCUUUUCCAUGGUCAGCCCUGAACAUGGGGCCUUACUAGCCCUGGAGCAUGAGGCACAGGGAGUGAUCCUGGGGCCCAAAGCAGGACCUUGGGCUCUAGUUUCCCAUGGGAAGAGAGGGGUGUCAUGCUCUGACACUAUGGUCUCUGCCUCCCUGUCCUCCUGCUGGGUACCGGGGGGAGGUGGAGAGAGACAGCCAGGCCUGGGUAAUGUAGCGGGAAGGGAAGAUGGGACAUGCAUGGACUCCCUGCUCCUUUCCCCCUGCUUAGGGCUUCCCUGAAAUACCGGAGGUUGGGGACAUGGCAGCCUGCCUGGGUCUGAUGAUCAAUGACCCAACGGAAACCAUCAGCUGCAAGGCCAGGGCAUGCGUGCAUUUGCUUGCUGAAAUCCUCCUUCACCAGAGAGGCCAAGACACGCGAGGAGCAGAGGAGCUGUGGUGCAAGGUGGUUUUGCGCCAGAUGAAGCAGAGCCAGGUCCAGAACUACAGGGACCUGGCGAGAGUGGGAGAGGGGCUGAGAAGGAUCUUGCUGGAGGAGCAAAGGAGAUCUUUCCUGCAGAGGGUCCUUCAUGCAGCUCACAAUGGACCGAUGCACAUCAGCCAAGCUGGGCUUGUCUUUCUGUAUGCCAUCCUGGGGGAAGCCAGCUGCUUGAUGCAGCACAAGGAGAAAGAAAUCCCCAUCAGGGUCCUGAAUAAGAUAUUCAUUAUCACCUGCCUGAAAGAGCUGCCUAAAGAUCUGCAAGGGCACAGCCUGCUGAUCACCUCCUCCAGCGCCCUUGCCUCUCUCCAGCCGGCCACACUUGCUCCUGCAGCAACACCUGCAAUCCACCUCCACCCUGACAGCCCCUCCCUGAGUGAAGACGACCUCCCCAGCCUCACCGGGAGCCCGGCAGCUACAUAGAAAAGCUGGAACAGUGCCAAAGCCACCACACGAGUCACUGACUGACAAGUCGUCAUCCAGUCCGAGCCGUCCUCCACAGCCACAUCAGCCUCUGCAAAAGAAGCAGCCUGAGAAACCCUCAUGGUGAAGAACUUGAACAUCUUCUUCCAGCCCGGCUCUGCAAAGGGCUGGGGAAGGACCAAGCACCACGAGUUUGUAGUGCCCAGGCUGCCAAGUGGAGGAUGCUCUUGUUGUGUGGAUGGCAUUUUGUGACCCCUGCCUCAGGGCUAUGGCCAGUCACCAUUUGGGGCCAGGAAGGAAUUUUUUCCCCCUUCCUUUAUGGAACCAACUUCAGGGGGUUUUUCGCCUUCCUCUGAGGGAUUGGGACAUAGUCAGACCAUCCCGGCGUCUGUUGUGUUAGUAGCCUGCCUUUGAAUCCAUCGAGGGCCAUUCAGGGAGUGAAGAGAGCAAAGGCAUAAACAAUGUGCACUGUUAAACAUAGAUUUAGUGUAAUAUGUAAUGUUGAACAUAGAUGUCAUAGAAGUCAAGACUAGAUGUAGGAUAAUAAAGUUAAGCUUUACUUUUGUUUUCUCAUAA